GGGGCGGGCCGGGCCCGGCCGGUGCGGGCGGCCGGGCUGUCGGAGGCAGGCGUGAGGUGCAGCGCGCACAUGGGGACGCACCGCAUCGUGCUCUCGGGCCCCGGGCCCUGGGGCUUCCGCCUGGUGGGCGGCCGCGACUUCGAGCAGCCCCUCGCCAUCUCCCGGGUGACUCCAGGCAGCAAAGCUGCAGUAGCCAACUUGUGUAUAGGAGACCAGAUCAUAGCCAUCGAUGGAGUGAACACAGAUAACAUGACACACCUUGAGGCACAAAACAAAAUCAAGGGUUGCACAGAUGAACUGACUCUGACAGUCACCAGAACGGAGUCAAAAGUCUGGUCACCACUUGUGAGCGAGGAGGGAAAGACACAUCCUUAUAAGAUGAAUCUGGCCUCUGAGCCACAGCAGAGACCGACGCAGUUUCCGCGUGCGUUCAGCAUGACAUACCAGCCCGCUGGUCUGAACAGCCCCCCUGCCCCUGCCCGUGCGGCCACGUGGGCUGGCGGCCGCCCGUGGCCGGUGGGUGCGAUGCAGGCUCCCGUCGCCUCGGUGUAUGACCCUCUGCAGAGCUGCGAGCUGCGGCGCAGGCACAGCACCCCCUCCAGCCCCGGCCAGCUCCGAGCCGGGCCUGAGCAGCUGAAGCACGUGGCCCAGGUCUGCCCCAACAGCCCUGUGGAAGUGGAGGUGCCGGGACUCAAAGUGCUGCACGUGCAGUUCAAUUCUCCCCUGCAGCUCUAUUCACAGAGCAACAUCAUGGACACCCUGCAGGGGCAGAUCUCUUCUGUUAGCCCUGAUUUCCCCAGUUUAGAUCAGCAUAACCAGACCCCAGGCAACAUUGCCAUAGAUAAACAAUCUGAGGUUUACAAGAUGCUGCAGGAGAAUCAAGAGUCAAACGAGCCACCCAGACAGUCUGCUUCGUUUCUUGUCUUGCAAGAGAUCUUGGAGUCAGAGGAGAAAGGAGACCCUACCAAACCAUCUGGAUUUAGGAGCGUCAAAGCCCCUACCACAAAGGUGGCCUCAUCGAUUGGGAAUGCCCAGAAGCUGCCCAUGUGCGACAAGUGUGGAUCUGGCAUUGUAGGGAUAUUUGUGAAGAUCCGGGACAAGCAGCGGCACCCCGAGUGCUACGUGUGCAGCGACUGUGGCACCAAUCUCAAGCAGAAAGGACACUUCUUUGUGGAAGACCAAAUCUACUGCGAGAAGCACGCGCGGGAACGGGUGACUCCCCCGGAGGGCUACGAGGUGGUCACCGUCUUCCCAAAGUAAACUGCGUUGCAAAGCCAAUGUGGAUGAUUUAUCCUCUGCUGAUUUCCCUUGGAGAGCAUUAUCCCUACCCCCUGCAGAAUCUUGUUUGCAAUAAGGAAUGCUAGGCAUGGCUUUGAAUUCCCUUGUCAUUAUUAAUCCUCCAUCUGUUCACAUGAGAUGUCACUAAUUGUUCAACAUUCUUUUCAUCCUCUCACUUUUUUUUUAAUAAACAGAAUUUUUUUUUCCUUCAUUGUGCUGUCAACCACACAGGAAAAUCAGAAGCCAAAGUCAGAUUACAACUUUUCUGUGUUCCAGUUAUUUGCCAUCUCUUUGCCUUCAAUAAAUGGGAUUGAUCUACAA